AUGCGAUCUCUGAUUCUCGUUGGUUUCGUGGCAUUGCUUGUCAUUCAUUCUGUACUGGCAGAUUGUAAUCGUCUUGGAUAUAUCAAUCGAAUUCGAGGGUGUCAAAACAAUUCUAAUUGUCGCGCAUGUAACUGUUGCGUUUGGACAGCUUGGCGAGCUUGUCAAGGUGAUCGUGCAUGUACACAAGGUACCAAAAAUGAUUGUACAAUAACAUUAAAUGCUGUAGUUAGCAAUCCACGCUGUAAAAACUCAUGUGCACCAUCUGGCUGUUAA